AUGGUGCUCCACAACCCCAACAAUUGGCACUGGGUGAAUAAGGAUGGUGCUCCCUGGGCGAAAAAUUGGUUGGAGGAGAAUGUCAUUGGAAUCUCGGCUGAAGACGGCGAUGUCUCUGCCAAAUUGACCAAGCUGAUCUCGAUGGAUGGUGACGUGGAAGUCAGCCAGCGGAAGGGCAAGGUCAUCUCAAUUUUCGACGUUGCUCUUAAAUUCGAGUAUGAAGGCAAGAAUGCGGAAGGUGCAGAUACCAGCGGAUCGGUGCGAGUCCCAGAAUGUGCGUAUGACACCGAACACGAUGAAUUUGUUUUCGAGAUCGACAUCUACAGCGAGACAAAAGAGAAGCAGCCUGUUAAGGACCUGGUGCGCUCCAAAGUGGUGCCACAAAUGAGGGAUGCUCUCGUGAAAUUAGGUCCAUCUUUGAUCGCAGAGCAUGGCAAAGACCUGCAACAUCCUCCAGAAUCCAAUCCGUCGAGCGGCUUUGCUACACCAACAUGGCACCCGCAGAGAGAGCGAACUCCUAUUCCCAAUGCGUCCACAACUACUAGUACGACUGGUAAAUCCUCCAUCAACACCACCACCGUCACAGCCACAGACGAAUUCCGCACGACUGCCGAGGAGAUGUAUCAGACUUUCACUGAUCCUCAACGCCUGGCUGCGUUCACCAGAGCCCCACCUCGCGUCUUCGAAGGCGCAAAACCUGGAGCCAAGUUUGCUAUCUUUGAUGGCAAUGUCUCCGGCGAAUUUAUUAAGCUUGAGCCACCUAACAAGAUCGUCCAGAAAUGGCGGUUAGCGCAGUGGCCUGAAGGGCAUACAAGCAACCAGGAGAUCGUCUUCGACCAGAACGAUGUUGAUCGCGUGACAAAUAUGCGGGUCACUUGGACUGGUGUCCCAGUCGGCCAGGAGGAGGUGGUGCAGCGUAAUUGGGAGGGUUACUACGUCCGGAGUAUCAAGCAGACAUUCGGGUAA